AUGGAUAAAAUCAUACAGGCUAAGGACUGCCCCAAGAAGGGAACCCCCACUUGCUACAACUGCGGUGGUGAGGGCCACGUCAACCGCGAGUGCCCCGAGCCUCCCAAGGAGCGCACCUGCUACCGCUGCGGCCAGACCGGUCACUUGUCUCGCGAGUGCCCCCAGGGUGGCAACAGCUACGGUGGUGCUUCCGGCGGCAGCCAGGAGUGCUACAAGUGCGGUCAGGUCGGCCACAUUGCCCGCAACUGCUCCCAGGGUGGUGGUAACUACGGCAGCGGUGGCUACUCCUCCUACGGCAGCCGCCCCCAGACCUGCUACUCUUGCGGCGGUUUCGGCCACAUGGCCCGUGACUGCACCCAGGGUCAGAAGUGCUACAACUGUGGUGAGGUCGGCCACGUUUCUCGUGACUGCUCCACCGAGGCCCGCGGUGAGCGUGUCUGCUACAAGUGCAAGCAGCCCGGUCACGUCCAGGCCGCUUGCCCCAACUAA